GACCAACAAAACUCGGAACCAACCCUCCCCCACAUUCGAAACAAUAACAACAUAAACACAAGCUAUUCCUCUCAUUCUUCACAUAAAUUCACUUCCCCUUUUCUUUUCUUUUUUUUCCAAAUGCUUUUGUUGUCUGUUAUUUUUUCCUUCUGACUCCAAAUUUUGAGUUUUGAGUUUUGAGUUAGAGAGUUGCACGUACCCACCGCUUCUCUUCCUCUGUUUCCAUCUCAAAAUUCUCUCUUUCUCUCUCUGCAAAUCUUGCUUUUCACUCUUUCUGUCUCAAUUCCUUUCUAACGUAACAACGUAAGAGAGACAGAGAAAGAAGAAACCUAUUUUUUUUUUUCUUGUUUACCUUACUUGUUGUUCUGUCCGAUCAAACCCUUCACUUUUUUUUUCUCUUGUCCCUCAGAGAUCUACUCGACUUGUUUUCCAGCAAAUUUUCCUAGGAAAAUCUGGAGAACCGAUAAAAGAUGAAGAGAGUAAGGGAUGACAUUUAUGCUGGUUCUGGCUCUCAAUUCAAACGCCCCUUUAGUUCCUCACGUGGUGAUUCCUAUGGCCAAACCCAAGUCCCUGGAGGAGGAGGAGGAGGAGGAGGAGGAGGAGGAGGAGGGGGAGGAGGAGGAGGAGGAGGUAGUGUUGGUGGGGGAGCAACUACUUCCCAGAAACUGACUACCAAUGAUGCCUUAUCCUAUUUGAAGGAAGUGAAAGACAUGUUUCAGGACAAAAGAGAAAAAUAUGACAUGUUCCUUGAGGUCAUGAAAGAUUUCAAGGCUCAAAGGACUGACACGGCUGGUGUCAUAGCAAGGGUGAAGGAGCUAUUCAAAGGGCACAACAAUUUGAUUUUUGGAUUUAACACUUUCCUGCCAAAGGGAUAUGAGAUAACCCUUGACGAGGAUGAGGCUCCUCCAAAGAAAACUGUUGAAUUUGAAGAAGCUAUUAGUUUUGUGAACAAGAUAAAGAAACGAUUCCAAAGUGAUGAGCAUGUUUACAAAUCGUUCUUGGACAUUUUGAAUAUGUACCGCAAAGAGCAUAAGGACAUCGGUGAAGUUUAUAGUGAGGUUGCUACCCUGUUUAAGGAUCAUCGAGAUUUGCUUGAGGAGUUCACUAGAUUCUUACCAGAUACUUCCGCAGCACCUUCUACACAGCAUGCUCCAUAUGCUCGAAAUUCAUUGCAGCGCUUUAGUGAGCGGAGUUCUAUGGCACCCAUGAUGCGGCAAAUGCAAGUAGACAAGACACAACGAUAUCGACGAGAGAGGCUUCCUUCUCAUGACCGUGAGCGUGAUCUGAGUGUUGAACACCCUGAGCUGGAUGAUGACAAAACAAUGAUGAACAUGCACAAGGAGCAGAGGAAACGUGAGAGUAAGGAUAGGAGGAUUCGUGAUCAGGAUGAGAGAGAACCUGAUCUUGAUAACAGCAGGGAUUUGAACUUGCAGCGCUUUCCUGAGAAAAAGAAAUCUGUCAAGAAGGCUGAAGGUUUUGGGUUGGCUUCAGACUUUUCUUCUAAUGAAGACAAGGAUACCUUAAAGAACAUGUAUAGUCAAGCAUUCAGUUUCUGUGAGAAAGUUAAGGAGAAGUUGAACAGUGCUGAUGACUACCAAGCUUUCUUGAAGUGCCUUCAUAUUUUCAGCAGUGGAAUAAUAAAAAGGAAUGAUUUGCAAAAUUUGGUAACCGAUUUACUUGGAAAGCAUCCUGAUCUUAUGGAGGAAUUCAAUGAUUUCCUGGAGCGUUGUGAAAAUAUUGAUGGGUUCCUUGCUGGUGUCAUGAGUAAAAAGUCACUGUCUACUGAUGGUCAUUUAUCAAGAUCAUCAAAGUUGGAGGACAAAGACAAAGAGCAGAAGCGUGAGAUGGAUGGAGCUAAAGAGAAGGAAAGAUACAGGGAGAAGUACAUGGGAAAAUCCAUUCAAGAACUUGACCUUAGUGACUGUAAACGUUGCACUCCCAGCUACCGGCUUCUACCUGCAGAUUAUCCAAUUCCUACAGCUAGUCAGAGAUCUGAGCUUGGUGCUCAAGUAUUGAAUGAUCACUGGGUAUCUGUGACUUCAGGAAGUGAGGAUUACUCUUUCAAACAUAUGCGCAGGAAUCAAUACGAAGAGAGCUUGUUCAGAUGUGAAGAUGACAGAUUUGAGCUGGACAUGUUAUUAGAGUCUGUGAGUUCUGCAGCUAAACGUGUAGAGGAAUUAUAUAAUAACAUGAAUGAAAAUAAGAUCAAUAUGGAGACUCUGAACCGUAUUGAAGAUUACUUUACUGUUCUAAAUUUAAGGUGCAUUGAACGUCUAUAUGGUGACCAUGGUCUUGACGUUAUAGACAUAUUGCGUAAAAACCCAACUCAUGCGCUCCCUGUAAUAUUGACUCGACUGAAGCAGAAACAGGAGGAGUGGAGUCGGUGUCGUUCAGAUUUCAAUAAAGUUUGGGCUGAAAUUUAUUCUAAAAAUCACUACAAAUCACUUGAUCAUCGUAGCUUCUAUUUCAAGCAACAAGAUUCCAAGAACGUGGGCGCAAAAUCUUUUGUGGCUGAGAUUAAAGAAAUUAAAGAGAAGCAGCAGAAAGAGGAUGAUAUUCUUCAGUCUAUUGCAGCUGGAAAUAAACAGCCUCUAAUUCCACAUCUGGAUUUUGAAUAUUCUGAUGCUGGUAUUCAUGAUGAUCUGUAUAAACUAGUUCGGUAUUCAUGUGAAGAGGUAUUCUCAAGUAAAGAGCUAUUAAAUAAGAUUAUGAGGCUCUAUAGUACCUUCUUGGAGCCUAUGCUUGAUGUUCCUUCUCAUGGAACAGAAAGGGCAGAGGACAGGAAAGCAGGUCAUAAUGUUCGCAAUUUUGUUGCACCAAAUAUAGUGGGUGAUGGAAGCACUAAUGGAGACUCUAUUCCAAUAAAUUCAAGGUUACCAAAAUCUGAUAAGAAUGAGGCUGAUGGUAGAGUAACUGAGGUAAAGAAUGUUCACCGGACUAGUGUAGCAGCCAGUGAUAAAGAAAAUGGACCUGUUGGUGGUGAGCUUGUUAGUAGAGAUGAUCCGUUAAUGGAAAAAGCGCAGAAAAAUGUAGAAUUCAGUGAUAAAGCCUCGGGGUUUAGUAAACCAUUUGCCUCUGAUGAGCAAGGAGCUAAAAACAGUGCACCAACUGCAAUUAGAGGAGAAAACAGCAUAAGCAGAACCAACCUAGAUUCAACUCCAGGCUGUGUCCUUACUCCAUCACGACCUAAUGAUGCUGAUGAUUCUGUGGCCAAGUCUCAGAGUGUUAAUGUACCAUUGGUGGAGGGAUGUGACAUUGCAGCUCCAGUACCAGUGGCCAAUGGGGUGCUAAUUGAGAGCAGUAAUGUUAAAAGCCAUGAAGAAUCUGCUGGGCCUUGCAAAAUUGAAAAGGAAGAGGGUGAAUUAUCACCAAAUGGUGAUUCUGAGGAGGAUAACUUUGUUGCUUAUGCAGAUUCAAAUGGGCAGUCAAUGCCUAAGUCAAAGCACAAUAUGGAAAGAAGGAAAUAUCAGUCUAGAAAUGGAGAGGACGAGUGCUGUCCAGAGGCUGGAGGUGAUAAUGAUGCAGAUGCUGAUGAUGAGGACAGUGAAAAUGUUUCUGAAGGUGGUGAAGAUGUCUCAGGCAGUGAGUCUGCUGGUGAUGAAUGCUUUCGGGAUGAUCACGAGGAGGAAGAAGAUAUAGAACACGAUGAUGUUGAUGGUAAGGCUGAGAGUGAAGGUGAAGCUGAGGGGAUGUGUGAUGCACAAGCUGGCGGAGAUGGCUCAUCAUUACCGUUGUCAGAAAAGUUCCUUUCGUCUGUGAAACCUCUCACAAAGCAUGUCUCAGCAGUUUCAUUUGUUGAAGAAAUGAAGGAUUCAAGGGUGUUUUACGGAAAUGAUGAUUUCUAUGUACUUUUUAGGCUUCAUCAAAUUCUUUAUGAAAGGAUCUUAUCAGCAAAAACAAAUUCAAUGAGUGCAGAAAUGAAAUGGAAAGCAAAAGAUACUAGUUCCCCAGAUCCUUAUUCAAGAUUUAUGAAUGCGUUGUACAACUUGCUUGACGGAUCUGCCGAGAAUGCAAAGUUUGAAGAUGAAUGCCGAGCUAUUAUUGGGAAUCAGUCAUAUGUGUUAUUCACAUUGGACAAGUUAAUAUAUAAAUUGGUCAGACAGCUUCAAACUGUUGCAACCGAUGAGUUAGACAAUAAACUACUCCAAUUAUAUGAGUAUGAAAAGUCUCGGAAACCUGGGAAAUUAAUUGAUUCAGUAUAUCAUGCAAAUGCACAUGUCAUCCUUCAUGAGGAGAAUAUAUACCGUUUGCAAUGUUCCUCUACCCCCACUCGUCUAUCCAUCCAGCUCAUGGACAACAUGAAUGAAAAGCCUGAGUUGUUUGCGGUUUCUAUUGAUCCGAAUUUUUCUUUUUAUCUGCACAAUGAGUUUCUGUCUGUCAUUCCUGGCAAAAAAGAACCCCAUGGCAUUAUAAUGCAAAGAAACAAACGCAAAUAUGGAGACGUAGAUGAGCUUUCUGCAAUAUGCUCUGCCAUGGAAGGUGUUAAAGUGAUUAAUGGAUUGGAAUGUAAGAUAGCUUGCAACUCAUCCAAGAUUUCCUAUGUUCUUGACACACAAGAUUUUUUCUUCCGUCCUAGGAAGAAAAGACGAACAUCAUCAGGGACCACAUCCUCACAGCAUCGAAGGGAUAGAGAGGAAAGAUUCCGCAGAAUGUUGGCAUGCUCCUAAUUUGUAUCUAAAGAGUUGUUCUCUCUGACACAUCUAUUAGACUCACAUACAUAACUUCUAUGUUUAUAAAGAGUCUUGGUGUACCAACCUUGGAACCCUUUGGUUUCACAAUUUUAUUGUCUGUGAUAAUGUACUUGAAUUUUCACAUGAAAGUGGAGGAGGAGGGGAGAAUAUUGAUGGGACUGUGUAAUAUUUCUAUGAGGUCUCAUCUUCCUUUGUAAAUAGUUUACUUCAUUAUAAUAUUUGUAGAAUAUUGUUUACCAAAUUGAUCUUGUCCUUCAUUUGUUGCAACACAA